GUUAGAUUUUAGAUAAGAAGUGGAAAUACAGUAUAAAUGUGCAAGAGCGAAUACAUUUGAAUUAAUAAUUUGGUUUUAAGUGAAUUAUUGAAGAUAUUGUAUAUUUGUUUCAAAAAAUUUGAUGUAUUCAUAGUUUUCAAUAUGAGCGACUCUGUAAGUUUGCCUCCAGGUCCGCCGCCACAGAUUAUUAUGAACUCCGAUAUGAUGCAAAUGCCGCCUCCUGACAACAUGCCUUUGAUGACUGGACCUCCACCUGAUAAUAUGAUGGGUCCUCCGCCUUCUAUAGGACCUCCACCAUCUCUAGGUCCUCCACCAUCUCUAGGUCCUCCAACAUCACUGGGGCCUCAUCUGUCUCUAGGACCACCACCUACGAUGGGUCCACCACCUUCCAUUCCACCGCCUUCAAUUCCACCGCCGUCUAUUCCACCACCUUCUAUGGGUCCCACAACUCCGGUAGGACCUCCAACAUCUGUAGGCCCUCCACCUGCUAUGGGGCCACCACCUGUCUUUGGCCCACCUGGAACACAAGGAUGGACAAAUGAGGAUUUCUCUACUCUAGGUCCGCCACCUUCAAUAAUGCAACCUCCACCUGUGAAUGAAAAACAACUACCAUCUCUUCUGUCAUUGAAAGUUGAUCCACCUGAACAAUUAUUGGAAUCAAAUCCUGAAGUUGUCCUUCCACAAGCCCUGGAAGAAGUUCUCGCUUUGAAAAAUCAGAGAGCCUUAGAACUUGGUACUGAAAUUGAUGGAGGUAGUGAAGGACAAGCUCAAAAAGAAGCCGAGAGAGAACCACUUUGGGAGAAAGAUGAUAAUGUUGAGACGGUUGUAGAUGUUGAACCAGAGCCGCCAAAACAACAAAAGGAAAAAGAGAUUAAAGAUAAAGUUAGUAAAAAUAAGAAGAAAAAAAAGAGAAAGAAAAAUAAGAAGAACAGAGUAAAUGACGAAAAAAAUAAACAAAAUGAACCUAAGCCUAAAGAAAAGGAAGAUGAAGAAUUGGAGGAAGAAGUGGAAUUUGUGUAUGUUCAAGAAACUAUUGGUUUACAUGAGUUGGCCCCACAGUAUCGUCAGUUCUAUAGCAUAUUUGAGUCCUUCAAAUUCACAGAUCAAAAAGCUGACAUUGCUCCACCUGUAUUAGCCACCCCAAUGGCUCUAUCUAGUAAAGCGAUUACUACAGAAGAAGAUAUGGACGAUGAUGAAAAUGAAGAGAAGUUUGAGGACAAGACUAAAUUGUCUAAACGAAAAAUGAAGAAAUUAACAAGGCUGAGUGUUGCUGAGUUGAAACAGUUGGUUAACAGACCAGAUGUUGUGGAAAUGCACGAUGUUACUGCCAGAGAUCCUAAGUUGCUUGUACAGUUGAAGGCACACCGAAAUACUGUCCAGGUUCCAAGGCAUUGGUGCUUCAAGCGCAAAUAUUUACAGGGAAAAAGAGGUAUUGAAAAACCCCCAUUCAACUUGCCAGAUUUCAUAAAGAAAACGGGUAUUAUGGAGAUGAGAGCAUCCUUGCAAGAUAAAGAUGAAUCUAAAACCUUGAAGGCAAAAAUGAGAGAAAGGGCCAGACCUAAACUGGGAAAGAUUGAUAUAGAUUAUCAAAAAUUGCAUGAUGCCUUUUUCAAGUGGCAAACAAAGCCAAAGAUGACAAUUCAUGGCGAUCUUUACUACGAAGGUAAGGAAUUUGAAACCAGACUGAAAGAAAAAAAACCUGGGGAUUUAUCGGAAGAGUUACGAACAGCUCUGGGUAUGCCUGUUGGUCCUAAUGCAAACAAAGUACCUCCUCCGUGGCUGAUUGCCAAGCAACGUUAUGGACCCCCUCCUAACUACCCCAAUUUGAAAAUACCAGGACUGAAUGCUCCCAUUCCUGAAGGCUGUGCUUUUGGAUAUCAUGCAGGAGGUUGGGGUAAGCCACCUGUUGAUGAAAAUGGAAAGCCAUUGUAUGGUGACGUUUUUGGAACUAGUACUGUUAACAUUGAUGAUAUUGGAGAGGAUCCAAAUGUGGAUAGAACUUUGUGGGGAGAACUUGAAUCAGAAUCUGAAGAGGAGAGUGAAGAGGAGGAGGAAGAAGAAGAAAAGGAAGCCCCAAGCAUACCUGAUGAAUCUGGGUUAGUGACGCCUGCAGAAGGCCUUGUAACUCCAAGUGGUAUCUCAAGUAUACCUGCUGGAAUGGAGACACCUGAAACCAUCGAACUUAGAAAGAAGAAAAUUGAAAAUGACAUGGAGGGAAGCGAAACUCCUGUGUUGUACCACAUAAUUCCUGAAAAACGAAAUGAAAGAAUCGGUAAUGCUAUGAUGGCCAGCAGUCAUGUAUAUGAUAUGAGCCAGAUAGCGGCCACUGGGGGUGCUCCCCAAAUAAUUCAAAGGCGGACAGAUCGUGAAGGAAUGGUUGAAUUGGCGCUUGAUCCAUCAGAGUUGGACAUGGAUAGCGACGCAAUGGCAGUGAGAUAUGAGCAACAGAUGAGAGAGAAUCAGUCUCAGUUGCAGAAAGAAGAUCUCAGUGACAUGUUGGCCGAGCAUGUUGCCAAACAGAAGAAUAAACGGAAAAGGCAACAACAGGACACCAAGCAGACAAAGAAAUAUAAAGAGUUUAAAUUUUAGACUUUAUUUCUAGAAUAAAUAUCUAACUGAAAGUUUUUCAAUUUUUACAUGUAUGUUGUAUUUAUUAUGUUGGUAUGAUGAUUUAUGACUUAGAUGUAAGUAUAAUUUCGUCAAGUAA